UUUUUUUUUUUUUCUUCUCUGAAUCUCAUGCAUCUUUUAUACCAAGCCACAAGAAACCGCGUCGUGUUUUAGAGAUGAAUUUCAUUUAUGCAUUCAUUUUUUUUGUAUAUAUAUGUCAAAACGUACUCAUCAAGAUCAAGACACUGUUGUCGAAAACAAGCGUAUCCGUACUGACAAAGAAGAAGGUCAUGCUGAAGACUGUGUUGACGAUCUCUGUCAAGGCUGCGACGUAGGCGAGGUCGAAAUAUCUUUUAUUCGUAAAGACGCUCAAGGACAAACGAUCGAUACCGAACCUUCAGCUCAAGAACUUCUUGUGAUGGCUAUUGAAGAAUCCAAUCAGGACAUCAAGCUUCGUUUGUUUGACUUGGCUCUUGAGAAAUAUCAAAAAGAAGAACCCGAGAACCGUGUUGGGUAUGCUACUUGUCUUGUAGAGCUUGGAAAGGGUAUUGAUGUCCAAGAGAGUAUUCGUGAAGGACUUGAUGUCUUGCGUGGUGAAAAGACCAAGACAGCUGACAUUAAGUUGGCUAUUUCAGGUGCUGCCAUUGCUCUUGCUUUAUCCAUUCGCCACAAGCAAUUGAACUUCUUUACUGAAGAACAAGAAAAGCUUGAUCCUGAAGAUACAGAUGCUUUAGAUGAAUUAGUCGAAAAGCAAAUACCUUCAAAAGAGCAAUUGGACUUGUACAAAGAAUCCAUAGAUCGUUUCAAAGAAGCAACCAAAGAGGAAGAACAAGUAGAUGAAGCCAUGUUAAAAGAAGCCCAUACUGUCUUGAAUGAGAUCAGAACAUUUGGUCAAUUAUUAUCUCAACCUGUCCCUAAUGACCAGACAACAAAAGUACUAAACACGGUGAUUGAAUUGAUUCAACAGCUACCUAAGCAUAAGGAAAAUGAUGAAUUUUUAACCUUAUGGGCUGCUUGUCUUUUAAACCAAACAAAGGAAGGUCAAAGUGAGAAAGAAAGUUUGGAUACUAUGAAAAAGAUUGAAGAGCUAUUAUUGAAGGCCAACACAUUGCAUGCUGCUAAACAUGAAAAGGAGAACCCUUGGGUUUGGGAAAUGCUUGCUAUGAACCGUAUCAAUCAGUCUAAUUUGGCUGAUGAUGAAGAUCAAGCCAUUGACUUGUAUGAAGAAGCCAUUGAAGCAUUCAAGAAGGCACAAGCUUUGAAGCCUGAUGAUCCUCAACUUGCUAAUAUGCUUCAAAUGCUUAUGGCUUGUGAAGAAGAACAAGAAGAAGAAGAGUAAUAGACUAGUUAGAUACUUGUAUAGUCAUAAGAGAGAAACAAUUAGCCAAGAUCCUAAACAAGUGUUGUACCAGGAAACGCCUAAAAUAAAAAUAAAAAUAAAGCUUGUUUAAAAAUAACCAUUAGACAAUAAAUAAACGUGGUUUAUAGAGUAACACAAUACAACCAUUUGAAAGCUCAACCGUAGUUAUUUAUAAAGUCGUAUACCACAAUUACAAAUUUAUCUGAACUUGUUUACUGAUUAAUUUGUGUAACUUGCGGUGUUGUAAAGGGAAGAGAGAUUUCCAUAAACAUACUAAAGGCGGAUUAGCAGCCCAUGGUAGGCUCUAGCUGGAAGUCCUUAGAUGAACCUGUACAAGCUCGGUAAAAAAAAAGAAGAAGAAAAAAAAA